AUGAAGCUCCAACUAAUUGUAUUCGUCCUAAUCCUCUGGACUGAAACGCUGGCAUAUCAGAGUCCAGGACCGGGCCCCGAGUAUGCAGAUGUGGUGUUUCUGGUGGACAGCUCUGAUGACCUGGGGAGUAAGUCCUUCCCAUUUGUGAGAACUUUCCUCAGCAAGCUGAUCAGCAGCCUCCCCAUAGAGGCCGACAAGUACCGUGUGGCCCUGGCCCAGUACAGCGAUGCUCUCCACAACGAGUUCCAGCUGGGCUCCUUCAAGAACAGGAACCCCAUGCUGAACCACCUGAAGAAGAACUUCCAGUUCAUCGGUGGGUCCCUGAAGAUAGGGAACGCCCUGCAAGAGGCUCACAGGACCUAUUUCUCUGCCCCCACAAAUGGAAGAGACAAGAAACUGUUCCCCCCGAUCCUGGUGGUGCUGGCUUCAUCCGAGUCUGAGGAUGAUGUGGAAGAGGCUUCGGAGGCCCUGAGGGAAGAUGGGGUGAAGAUCAUCUCGGUGGGGGUGCAGAAGGCUUCUGAGGAAAACCUGAAGGCUAUGGCCACAUCCCAGUUCCAUUUCAACCUCAGGACGGUCAGAGACCUCAGUGCGUUUGCCGCAAACAUGACACAGAUCAUCAAGGACGUAACUAAGUACAGGGAAGGAACGGCUGUGGCCCUGAUCACGCCGCCAGCCCCAAUUACACCUGCAACCCUAAGCACAGCAGCAACUGAUGCUGGAAAGACAGUUCCUGUUCCCAUAUCCUGCCAGAGAGACUCCCUGGCUGACAUCAUAUUCUUGGUGGACGAGUCAGUGGGGACCACACAGAAUCUGAGGGACCUUCAGAGCUUCCUGGAGAAUGUCACCAGCUCUGUGGACGUGAAGGACAAGUGCAUGAGGCUUGGGCUGAUGAGCUAUAGCGACAGGGUUCAGACUAUUGCGUCCCUGAAGUCAAGUGCCAACCAGUCUGAAUUCCAGCAGCAAAUUCAGAAACUCUCCCUCCGGGCUGGGGGGUCGAAUGUGGGGGCCGCCAUCGAGAAGAUGAGGAGAGAAGGUUUCUCAGAGUCCGGUGGCAGCAGGAAGGCACAGGGCGUCCCUCAGAUUGCUGUGCUGGUCACCCACAGGCCAUCGGAUGAUGCAGUGCGCGAGGCUGCACUGGACCUUCGCUUGGAUGGCGUAACUAUGUUUGCUCUGGGCAUCCAAGGGGCCAACAGCACGCAGUUGGAAGACAUAGUGUCCUACCCUUCCAAGCAGAGCAUUUCCACACACAGAUCCUACAGUAACUUGGAAUCAUACAGUGGGAACUUCCUGAAGAAGAUCCACAAUGAAAUCUGGACCCAAGUUUCUACCUAUGCUGAACAAAUAGAACUCGAUAAAACUGGCUGUGUGGAUACAAAGGAAGCAGAUAUCUACUUCCUCAUUGACGGCUCGUCCAGCAUCCUUAAGAAACAGUUUGAGCAAAUCCAGAUAUUUAUGUCCUCUGUGAUAGACAUGUUUCCCAUUGGUCCCAACAAAGUCCGAGUAGGAGUCGUGCAGUAUUCACAUAAGAAUGAAGAGGAAUUUCCCAUCUCUCUCUACAUGGAUGCCAUAGCCUUGAAGAAGGCUAUUUUUAACAUCAAGCAACUCAAGGGUCGCACAUUCACUGGGAAAGCCUUGGAUUUCAUACUGCCAAUAAUAAAGAAGGGAAAAUCAGAGCGGGCAGAUGAAAUCCCCUGUUACCUCAUCGUACUGACUGAUGGGAAGUCAGAAGACGGUGUUCUAGAACCCGCCGACAGACUCAGGGCUGAACAUGUCACCAUUCAUGCAGUUGGGAUUGGUGAGGCGAAUAAGACCCAACUUCAACAAAUUGCCGGGAACGAUGAAAGGGUCAACUUUGGGCAGAAUUUUGAUUCCCUAAAGAACAUAAAAAAUGAAAUUGUCCACCGCAUCUGCUCUGAAAAAGGAUGUGAAGACAUGAAGUCUGAUAUCAUGUUUUUGGUGGACAGUUCUGGAAGCAUAGGGGAUGUAAAUUUUGAGACAAUGAAAACCUUUAUGAAAAACCUGGUGGGGAAGAUCCAGAUUGGUGCCAACAAAACGCAAGUUGGCGUUGUUCAGUUCAGCGAUUACAAUAAGGAAGAAUUCCAGCUGAAUACAUUCUUCACACACAAAGAAAUUUAUACUGCCAUAGACAGGAUGUCGCCUAUCAACAGAAACACGUUGACGGGAAGCGCACUCACCUUUGUGAAUGAAUACUUUGACCUUCCCAAGGGGGGCCGUCCCGGGGUCAGAAAGUUUCUCAUCCUCCUCACAGAUGGACAAGCCCAAGAUGAAGUAGGGGGUCCUGCGAUGGCUCUCAGGAACAAAAGUGUGACCAUCUUUUCUGUGGGUGUGUAUGGUGCCAAUAGGGCUCAGCUGGAGGAAAUCAGUGGGGAUGGCAGCCUGGUCUUUCAUGUUGAGAACUUUGACCAUCUGAAGGCGAUAGAGAGUAAACUCAUCUUCCGCGUGUGUGCUCUGCAUGAUUGCAAGAGGAUUGAACUCUUAGACAUCGUGUUUGUCCUGGACCAUUCAGGCAGCAUAAAUUCACAACAACAAGAAAGCAUGAUUAACCUCACCAUCCACUUGGUGAAGAAGGCAGAUGUUGGCAGGGACCGAGUCCAGUUUGGAGCUCUCAGAUACUCCAACGAUCCUGAGAUUCUUUUCUAUCUUAACACAUACUCAAGCAAAUCAGACAUCAUUGAGCACCUGAGACGACGCAGGGACACCGGAGGGGGAACCUACACUGCCAAGGCUCUCCAGCAUGCAAACAUCCUGUUCACAGAAGAGCAUGGCAGCCGCCUGAAGCAGAACGUGAGGCAGCUGAUGAUUGUCAUCACGGAUGGCGAGUCCCAUGACCGAAAUAAACUCAAUGCCACAGCAUGGGGACUAAGGGACAAAGGCAUCACCAUCUUUGCAGUUGGUGUAGGAGAUGCCAACCAAGAUGAACUGCAGGCCAUGGCAGGGAAGAAGGAAAACACUAUCCAUGUAGACAGUUUCGACAAACUGAGAGACAUUUACAUGCCUCUGCAAGAAACUCUGUGCAACAGUUCACAAGAGACCUGUAACCUUCAGGAAGCUGAUGUGAUCUUCCUUUGUGAUGGCUCUGACAUGGUGUCUGAUUCAGAGUUUGUUACCAUGACAACUUUCUUGUCAGACUUAAUUGAUAAUUUUGACAUUCAGUCUCAAAGAAUGAAAAUCGGGAUGGCUCAAUACGGGAGCCGGUAUCAGGAAAUCAUUGAGUUGGAGAGCUCCCUGAACAAGACUCAGUGGAAGUCUAGGAUCCAAGCUGUGGCCAAGAGCCAGGGCUUUCCACGAAUUGACUUUGCUCUUAAGCAUGUGAGCGACAUGUUUCAUCCCUCUGUCGGUGGGAGGAGAAAUGCUGGUGUUCCUCAGACUUUGGUUGUCAUCACGUCUGGCUCUCCCCGCUAUGAUGUGGCAGAUGCAGUAAAAGCCCUGAAAGACCUCGGCAUCUGUGUCCUGGCUCUGGGCAUUGGAGAUGUUUAUAAGGAACAACUUCUGCCCAUCACAGGCAACUCAGAAAAAAUAAUUACUUUCCAAGACUUUAAUAAAUUGAAGAAUGUGGAUGUGAAGAAAAGAAUGGUCCGCGAAAUCUGCCGGAGCUGCGGGAAAUCCAAUUGCUUUGUGGAUGUAGUGAUUGGGUUCGACCUUUCCAGUCACCUCCAGGGCCAGCCUUUGUUCCAGGGUCAUCCCCGCUUAGAAUCAUACCUCCCAAACAUCUUAGCGGACAUCACCUCCAUCAGAGGGGUGAGCUGUGGAGCAGGCGCAGAGGCACAGGUGAGCCUGGCCUUUACGGUGAACAGUAACCAAGAGUUCCCAGCCAAGUUCCAAAUCUACCAGAAAGCAGUGUUUGACAACUUGCUGCAAGUCACCGUCCGUGGCCCAACUCAUCUGAACGCCCAGUUCUUGCAGUCACUCUGGGAUGUGUUUGAGGAGAAAUCUGCCUCCAGGGGCCAGGUGAUGCUUAUCUUCUCAGAUGGUCUCCAGGGCGAAAGCAUCAGCAUGCUGGAGCAGCAGUCGGACAGGCUCAGAGAAGCAGGACUGGAUGCUUUGUUGGUGGUGUCCCUUGAUGCAUUGGCUCAGGAUGAGUUUUCCAGCUUUGAAUUUGGAAAAGGAUUUGACUAUAGGACUCACCUGACCAUUGGAAUGACAGACCUGGGCAAGACACUUUCCCAGUAUCUGGGAAACAUUGCAGAGAGGGCUUGUUGCUGUACGUUUUGUAAAUGUCCAGGGAUUCCAGGACUUCAAGGGACCCGGGGACUUCAAGCCUCCAAGGGUUCUUCAGGCCUGAAAGGCAGCCGAGGACACAGGGGAGAGGACGGAGACCCUGGAAGACGAGGAGAAAUUGGACCUCAAGGAGACAGAGGGAUCAUAGGAUGUCAGGGGACUCGAGGCCAAAAGGGCGUCAAAGGAUUUUCUGGAGCCCAGGGAGAACACGGAGAAGAUGGGCUUGAUGGACUAGAUGGAGAAGAUGGAUUUUAUGGACUUCGUGGGGGAAAGGGGGAAAAAGGUGACGCUGGCUCUCAGGGCAGCCCAGGUUCCAGAGGUGCCCCUGGAGAAGAUGGAGCGAAGGGCUUCCCAGGGGAUCCCGGUAACCCAGGACGAGACAGCACCAUCAAAGGCCAGAAGGGUGCCAAAGGAGACCGAGGAAGCCAAGGGAGAACUGGGCCGAAGGGGACACAAGGCAGUCCUAGCUCCGGAGGAAGCAGGGGAAUGGAAGGCCGGAGGGGACCCCAGGGUCCCUCGGGGGAAGCAGGAGACCUGGGGCCUCAAGGUACACAGGGACCAGAAGGACUACAAGGCCCACAGGGGUCCAGUGGAAACCGAGGCGAGAAAGGAGAAAAAGGAAGCCAAGGGUACCAGGGACCUCAGGGUUCUCCUGGGCCAGCAGGACCUAGAGGGAGCAUUGGAAGACCUGGAUUUUGGGGGAGAAAGGGGGAGCUCGGAGUUCCUGGAGGCCCCGGACCAGCUGGGCCCCCUGGACAGCGAGGAGAACAGGGAGAUCAUGGCAUCCCAGGCUAUGGCCAGACAGGACAAAAAGGAGUUAAGGGCCCAACAGGAUUCCCUGGGGAUCCAGGGCAGAAGGGUGACUCUGGAGAUCCUGGAAGUCCUGGGGGACCUGGACCCAAAGGAUUCAAGGGACUGACUCUCUCUCAAGGCUUGAAAGGUGAGACUGGAAGACCAGGGUCUCAAGGCCCUCCUGGACCAAGAGGUCCUAAAGGCACAGCAGGGCAGCCUACGUAUUCUCACUGUGAUCUGAUCCAGUUCCUGCGGAGCCACAGUCCCUGUUGGAAAGAAAAGUGUCCCGUGUAUCCAACAGAGCUGGUAUUUGCUCUGGACCAGUCCUCUGGAAUUACAGAAAGAAGAUUUAAUGAAACAAGAGACAUCAUUACGUCCAUUGUCAGUGACCUCAACAUCAGGGAAAAUAACUGUCCUAUCGGAGCCCGGGUUGUUGUGGUUUCCUAUGACUCAGACACCAGCUACCUCAUCCGUGGGUCUGACUACCAGAGCAAGAAACAUCUCCUUCAGCUUCUUUCCCAAAUAAAAUACCAAGUCCCCCAGAAAGCCAGGGACAUUGGCAACGCGAUGAGGUUUGUGGCCCGCAAUGCUUUCAAGCGGACAUCUUCAGGAUCCAACGUCAGGAGAGUUGCAGUGUUCUUCAGCAAUGGCCAGGCAGCCAGUAGAGAGUCCAUUCUCACGGCCACCAUGGAGUUCAGUGCCCUGGAUAUCAGCCUUGCCGUCUUCGCUUAUAAUGAAAGAGUUUUCCUUGAUGAGGCCUUUGGGUUUGAUGACACUGGGACAUUUCAGGUGAUUCCAGUUCCUCCAGCUGGGAAUUAUGAGCCCCUGGAAAGGCUUCGGCGCUGCACACUUUGCUACGACAAGUGUUUUCCAAAUACUUGUGCAGAAGACACUUUCUUUCCUGAAAAUUCAUACAUGGAUGUAGCGUUGCUCUUAGACAAUUCCCGUCAUAUAGCCAAUGAUGACUUCCAAGCCAUGAAGACAUUGGUGAGCUCAGUGAUUGACAACUUCCACAUCACUUCAAACCCUUCAGCCUCGGACAGGAUUGCUUUGCUGAGCUAUUCUCCCUCAGAGAAUUCCAGAAAGAAAAGCAAGGUGAAGACAGAGUUUGAGUUUACAACCUACGACAACCAAGCCAUCAUGAAGAACUACGUCCACACUUCCAUCCAACAACUAAAUGGAGAUGUGACUGUUGGUCUUGGCCUACAGUGGGCCAUGGAGAAUCUCUUCCCAGGAACCCCCAAUCCAAGAAAACACAAGGUCAUCAUUGUGAUUUCAGCUGGAGAGAAUCAUGAGGAGGAGGAAUUUAUGAGGAUGGUAUCUUUGAGGGCCAAAUGUCAAGGCUAUGUCAUAUUUGUGGUUUCUCUGGGCUCCACACCAAGAGAUGAGUUGGAACAGUUAGCUAGCUACCCACGCGAUCACCAUCUGAUACAACUCGGGAGGAUGCACAAGCCAGAUCUGAAUUAUAUUGUGAGGUUUCUAAAGCCAUUUGUAUACUCUGUCAGACGUCGCUUCAAUCAGUACCCACCGCCGAUGCUGGAGGGCGAUUGCAGGCGCCUCAAUAUAGAGAGGGGAGAUGCCCUACACGGCAGCCUCCGAUUGGCUGCUAAUCUGCAUGAGGUUUCCGCAAGCAAGAGCAGCCUUCUUGGUCAAGAGCUGAGCACUGGGAAAGACUCGUCUUUUAUGUUGGAGGAUCAUGGAGGCGACCAUUUGGUUUACAUGGCAAACCAAAUGCUGAAGCCAGAAACUCUAGUGAGUCACUAUGAAAAUGAUCAGGGAUCUGCAGCAAUGGCAAGUCUCACGUCUGAACAUGAAAAUCAUGGCCGAGAAGAACUGGGUCUUGCUGAUGAGCCUGGGGAAGCUUCUCUUCAAGAUUAUUAUAUGGAUGUGGCCUUCCUCAUAGAUGCUUCUCAAAGAGUAGGAAAUGAUGUGUUUCAGGAAGUGAAAACUCUUACAACUUCGGUACUGGAUUACUUUCACAUCGCCCCAGAUCCGCUGACCUCUGUCUUAGGAGACAGAGUGGCUGUCCUGACCUACUCUCCUCCAGGCUAUCUGCCAAACACUGGAGAGUGCCCAGUCUACAUGGAAUUUGAUUUGGUCACUUACAACAGGGUACACCAAAUGAAACAUCAUCUCCAAGAGUCUCUUAAGCAGCUCAAUGGAGAUGUUUUCCUUGGUCACGCUCUUCAGUGGACAAUUGACAAUGUCUUUGUAGGAACCCCCAAUCUGAGGAAAAACAAAGUUAUCUUUAUAAUAUCUGCUGGUGAAACCAGUCCUCUAGACAAAGAAGUCUUACAGAAGGCAUCUCUGAGAGCCAAGUGCCAAGGCUACACCAUAUUUGUAUUUUCCUUUGGUCCUGUACACAAUGACAUGGAGUUAGAAGGAUUAGCGAGCCACCCCCUGGAUCAUCACUUAGUCCAGCUUGGUCGGAUACACAAGCCAGAUAUGGACUAUAUCAUAAAGUUCGUCAAGCCAUUUGUCCAUUCAAUCAGACGUGCUAUCAACAAAUACCCCACCAGAGAUCUGCAAGCCAAGUGUGCGAACAUCACCUUCCCCAGUCCAGAGAAUGUUGGCGCAGAAGACAGUUUCUUUCUCUUCCCAGAGGUGUACAAAAUUGAAACAAGAGACAGCGAGCAGGUUGGAGACUCCAGUUCCCAGGAGCAACAUUUCUUUGUACUAGGGGACAAUCAUGGUAACCAUUCGGGGACCACUGCUGAUUUGAUCCACAAGUUGUACUUGCUCUUCUCCUCUGAAGAAGUGAUGGUGAAUGACAAGGAGGAGGCACACUGGGAAGAAACUGCAGCUCCCGUGAACGACAAGCAAGAUGGCGAGGAUGCAAGAUAAGCACACGGGAGAGAAGAGUGCCCCCUGGCAUACGGGAGUCCCUGCAGCAGCUCCAGCCGGAAGUGGCAAUCAUUUAUUAGAAGGGUAGGGGCAGGAACUAGAACUAAACUUUGUUCCCAGUCCCAAACCUGAGAGAGAGAGAGACUCUUCAGAAUAAGGACAUCAAGGAGCAGACGUGUGGAAGUAGGAAUGGGGCUUCAUCUCUCAGGGGGGACUGGGGACAUGGAGCAAGAAGUAGCAGUCUUUGCUGUGACGGCUCUGUUCAUUUUGAUCAGCUUGCAAUGAUCCGCCAAAAGAAGUUUUUUUUCAUAGUUGUUGUUACAUCUACAUCUUAAAUUAGACCCCGAGUAAGAGCAAUUUGUAAUUGGAGUGCCCUAGGGCUGUCUUUUACCCAUUUGUACAGCGGUAAACACAGUGGCUUUGGUUCUAGUAGGACCCUGAGAUUACACCCAGCGUUGAUUACCUGUUCUCUGUGGGUCUUAUUUACCUGGAUGUUUACAAAGUAACAAAUUCAUAGGAAGAAAAGGGGAGGGAAGGGCUGCUUGCUCACAUUGGGAACACUUGUUUCCGAUUUUAGUGUGCUUCGCGCUUUGUGUGCACUUGGGGUUUGCUAUGAAAGAAAACCCGUCAACAUGCAAACAUGGUAACAGAUCUGUUCUUAAGAAUUACAAUGCAGCAAAAACAGUUUCUAAAAGAGAAACCAGGUCUGACCCAGAAACUUGUUCUGUGCAUUCUUGUUAGCUGUUGUCUAACUCAGACCCUUUAGAUUACACGUCCAGAAAAGCAUGUAGAAAUCUAGUUGGGAAAUACACGUACAGGCUAAGAUAAAGCGGUAGUGAGUUAGUUACGAAAUCAUUGAGUUUAACAUGGCUAUGGGCAGCGCGGUGCUACUUAGAUGAAAACAAGAGCAAAGUCAUGUGAUUUGCUGGAAACCGGGUGAGACUGGAGGCCCUUGUGCUAGGUGGACACAAAGACAAGGAUCAUAUGCUUUCUCUCACGUGUGGAAUUUGGGGGCUGGGAGGUUGUAAAGGAGACAAAAGUCAAGGGGAUUUAAUUUAAAGAGGAAAAAAUGAGUAACAGAGGAGGCAAGUUUUAUCUAAAUGUUUUGAACGCCUGUGUGGAAAUGUCAUAAUGAAACCCAUUAUUCUGUACAAUUAAUAUAUACUAAUAAAGUCACUCAAUUUGGUUAA